AGGAGCGCGUCAGAAAUGAUUAGAUGAACCAGGGACGCUAACUAAUUCUCCAACUGGUGAAAACUGAAUCGUACUAACUGAUUCAGAGGUUGGUUAGGGGGAAAUAAACACGAGGAAGUGAGCGUCGUGGAAGGGCACGCCACCUGUGACGGCAGUGGAGAGUGGAGAGGAGUCUCAAGUCGGUCCCAUUGUUAGUAGACUGUCAGUCAGCGUUGAGUGUGUACAGGCGUGUAAAGUCCAACUGGAUUACAGUGAGCUCUCGUUUCCGGAUCUUCGAGGAAUUUGUGCGUGAUUCAGGUUUCUUCAACAGACAGGUGAAAGAGGCUGCCUCCCCGCCUGCCAGCGUUUGUCUAAGAGCGUGUGUGAGCUGUAAGGUGAACAUGCUUGCGUGAGUUCCUCUGCGAGCGUGUGUGCCGCGGUCGGUGAGCGUGUGUCCCAUGAGAGGCUUGGCGGAGAUGCAGGCGGGUCGAUCCUCUGCGGCGCGGCUCCUGCUGCUGAGCUGCUGUGUGUGUGCGGCAGCCGGCUACCCGUUCAAAACGCCCCUGGACGUGGAUGUGACGCCACGCGUCACGGUGUCGAGCAGCGGUCUCCAUGGCUGCAGGCGCUUCCAGACAACUACAGUCAACUACAGCACCAUGUUGCUGGAGGCUGACAGUGAGCGUCUCUAUGUCGGGGCCCGGGGGGCUGUAUUUGCUCUCAAUGCCUCAGACAUCUCAGCCGGCUCUGCUCUCACGAUUGAGUGGGAGGCCUCCCCCGAGCAAAAACGUCAGUGUCUGCUCAAGGGAAAAGACAAUAAGACGGAGUGUUUUAAUCACAUCCGUUUCCUCCAGAGGUUCAACUCAACUCAUCUCUACAUGUGUGGGACUCAUGCCUUCAGACCCCUCUGUGCAUACAUAGAUGAGCAGAGGUUUGUGAUGUCAUCUCAGCCUGAAGAGGGCAGAGACAAAUGUCCAUUUGGCCCCACAACGGGCUACACAGCCCUCAUCAUCGACCAGCAGAUGUAUACAGCUUCCCAGUAUGAGUUUAGGAGCUUCCCAGAUAUCCGCCGCAACUCUCCGUCCCCCACACUGAAGACAGAAGAUGCCCCCACACGGUGGCUAAAUGAAGCAGAGUUUGUGGGUUCUGCGCUGGUGAGGGAGAGCUUGGACAGCAGCACCGGUGAUGAUGAUAAGAUCUACUUCUUCUUCACCGAGAGAAGCCAGGAGCAGACGACCACCUACAGCCACAGCAGGGUGGCACGAGUGGCUCGGGUUUGUAAAGGGGACCGGGGAGGCCGUUUAACUCUCCAGAAACGGUGGACGUCCUUCCUCAAAGCCAGGCUGACAUGUUCUCUGCCUGAAUACGACUUCCACUUCAACAUGCUGCGCAGUGUGUUCGUUCUGCCCGGCUACACGCCACAGGACACACUCUUCUAUGGGAUCUUUGGCCUAGAGUGGAAAAACGUGAAGGCGUCUGCGGUGUGUCGGUUCUCUCUGUCUGAAGUCCAAGAGGCUUUUCAAGGACCCUACAUGGAGAACCAGGACUCUGGCUCUGAGUGGAAGGAAUACACUGGAAAGAUCCCUGACCCACGACCUGGAACGUGUAUAAAUGAUGCUCUGAGAGCCAGGGACAUAAACGUGUCCACCUCCCUGCCUGAUGAUGUGCUGGACUUUGUCAGAAGGCAUCCUCUGAUGUCCCAACAGAUUCAGCCCUCAGACAGGCGCCCCCUUUUGUUCAGGAGGACCACAGACUACACACACAUGGCCGUGCAUACGGUUCAAGGCUUAGAUGGACAAACAUACCAAGUAUUAUAUAUGGGCACAGAUGAAGGCUGGUUACAUAAAGCUGUUGAAAUCGAGGGUCAGCUGCACAUUAUCGAGGAGCUUCAACUCUUUGAGGAACAACAGCCCGUUAACAACAUACUGAUAUCUGCAAAACAGAUGAGUCUGUACGUGAGCUCUCCAUCAGGUGUGGCACAGCUUCCCUUCUCCGACUGCCGCAGGUAUUCUUCCUGCUACGACUGCAUCUUUGCCAGAGACCCUCAUUGUGCCUGGAAUGGAGCCCAGUGUGUGGACAUAACGGCACACGUAGACAGAUCCACUUUAAUCCAGGACAUCCAGAAUGGCAACAAGGGAUGUGAGAACACACAAGUUGACGUUGUCGUGCGGAGCCGCACUGUGCGGGUGGGUGAUGACGUGCUGCUGCAGUGUGAGCUCAGCUCCAACCUGGCUACGCCUCUCUGGACCCUGGAUGGCAGCGAGCUGCAGGGUUACGGCCUCAGCUCUGGCUUCAGAACCGGCACCGACGGCCUGCUGAUCAUCGAGGCCCGACAGGACCAGAGCGGGCUGUACACCUGCUACGCCGUUGAGAACAGCAUCAAGGUUGUCAUAAUUUCCUACAACGUCACCAUCCGCCUGGACCUGCCCCCUCCCCCACCUGUUGAGCCAACUGAAGACCAUUCCAGUCUGUUUGCCACCCAGUCACCACCCACUGAGCACCCCUCCUCCGAGAGGCCCCUACCACCACCCCCAGCCCCUCUCCUCCCCCAUUCAGAACUGCUUUCCCCCAGGAACAUGGAGGCCAUGUACCUAUCCCUCAUCACCAUCCUCGCAGGCUUGUGUGUGGUCCUCACCGUGGUCCUCGUCUAUGUGGGCUUCUGCCUGCGCGUGGGCCACAGAGGGAAGUACUCAUUACGCACCGCGGCUUCUGCCUACUCAAACAGUAAGAAGAACAACAGGAACAGAAAACAGCACAGGAACUCCUCCCACAUGGAGCUGAAAACGAUCUCGAGCCACUGCAAUGGUAACGCCGUUUGUAAUGGAGUUUCAAAGCAGCACAACGGCGGCAUCCAGGACGGAGGCUUUCUCCAAAUUGUUCCUGGUGAGGCUCACCCAUCACCCAAUAAGGAGCCUCCUCCGCCAGCCCCUCCUCUCCCACCAACUCCACAACUUCCGUCUCCAGAGUGUGACUUCCCCAACGGGCUGUCGGCGACACUGCCCAGCGUCCUGAGGAGGAUGAAUGGCAACAGCUAUGUGCUGCUGAGGCAGAGCGAUUCUGAAAACACAUCACCGCUCUGCUACUCCUUUGCUGAGGAGCUCAACAGGAUCUUAGAGAAGAGGAAGCACACUCAGCUGCUGCCCAGGCCGGAUGAGAGCUCUGUGUAGAGAGAUGUAGCUCCCCCUGUGGUGGGAGGACUGCGGUGUUCUUACCUGGUGCUGAAGUGCCUGUCAUAUAACUCAUUAUUGUUAGGAACUUAAGCAAUGAGAGAGUCUUAUCUCCAUUCUUUACUAUGAUUUUUUUCCCCCAUUGAGACAUUCCUGCUUUUUGAACCUCUGAACUGUUAGUCAACCUCAAUUCCCUAAUUUCCCAACACAUAACAAGUGAGAAUGAAAGAGAAAUACUGGUGAAGGACCAAGUGUAAUCUACCUCACCUCAGCACUGCCCAGACGGAUGUGAGCGGAGAGUCUGUAGUCUGAUCUGAGUAUCAGGGCUGAGAUGUCUGAUCCACAAAGCAUAAAGUGGGAUGCACAGACUCCAACGAAGAGCAGGGCCCCACAGAAAUAUAAAUACUUGUGAAGGCUUUUCCUGUGUGGCGGCCAUAUUUGGCUUGAUUUCAACAGCAGGGCAGCUAGCCAAAGUUUGUUUGCACUGACAAGUGCACAGAUGGCCUAUGCAUUUUUAAAAUAUGACAUUCACACAAUAUAAAUAUAGAGGGAGAUGGACGUGGAGAGCGAGGGAAUUUGGUGUGCAUUGUUUUCUCUUUUAAUAUUGAAUCAGUAAAUUGCAAUAACCAACACAAAAUAAUAUCCAGUAACUCAUGACAGCACGUAACACUUUACACCAGUCAUCAGUAAGAAAUGGUGAACUAAUCAUUAUUUAUUAUUGCUAUCAAAAUCAAGAUUUCUUAAUAACUUAAUGACUAGAUGACUUAUUAAUGACGUAGCAUGCCUCGUUUAAUCAUUUAUUAAGGACAAUAUUAAUAAUUACCAUUUAUGUGUUUAUAUGUGUUGAUGAAAUCAGUGAUCUUUGGCUGCCUCACUGAACAAUUUCUUGGUGAUUACAAAAUGUACAUUCUUAAGUUUUAACUUCAGUUGGUUCACAGUUGCGGCAGCUUUGCCACUAAAUGUACAUUUAUGUAAAAACAAUAAGGGUCAAUAUUAUAAUACAUAAACAGGGAAAUAAUAUUAUAGAUAAACUUUACCUAUAAACUUUGCAGAAUUGAAAAAUAUUAAAUAGUGAUUAUUUCACCAAGUGUUAAUAAACUAUGUGUGGAAAAUAUGACAGUAUUACUGAUUUUAAUGCACUUUUCAAACGCUUUGGGAACUUUAAUGGACACUUUUAUUGAAUCUGAUUGUGAUCAGUUAAGAAGAAGCAACAUGCCAGGAGGAGUUUUUUUGAUUGGCCACUUCGCAGUAUGAAGAGCUGCAGCUGUGAAGGCCACAGCUGUGUCUGCAGGACCUUGUUUGACACAAGUGGAUUAAAAGGAAAACAUUGACUGUGUCUCAACUGAACCUGAAUCCGCCGCUGAGUGACACCCCGCAUGAGACGAUGACACAGGAUGACAGACCGUGGGGCGAAGCAUUCGCCAACAGCAUCCACGGACUGAUGAGGACAGGUCAGUUCGAAUUUCUCUUAAUUUUAUACCCGGGGAUACCGUUGCCCAACCAGCAUCAGAUGGCAGGACCGGCUGCAAGGAUGUGCUUUUAAUGAGCAGGGAAAUGAAAUCCACCAUCAUUAGUGCACAGCGAAGCCAGAAAAGAAGGAGGGUCUGGAUAAGGGCUACAGCACGAGACUCUCUGCACCUGCAGCUUCCCCACAACUGGAAUGAAAAUUGUUGUCUGCAGUGUCUCACUGAGCAACGUUUGUUCUUCCCACAGCGACUCUUUGUGUGCAGCAAGCGUCCUUGCUUCUGUUUGAUGCAAACUUGUUAGACCAAACUCAAUGUAUAAUGACCUUUUUCUCACACUUGCUGCAUGAAUUAUUUUUCAACACUGCUGUUUUUUUUUUUCUUUAAGUCAAGGUAACAACAAGGAUAACUCAACAAAAUAUUAAUGAAAAACGCCAAGGUUGUUGUUUAAAAAGUGCUUACUGCGAAACCAGAUGAAAAGGAUUUUAAAAAACAAGCCGUAUUUAUUUUGUAAUUUUGUCCAUUGUGUUUUAAAAGUUAUUGUUAAUGUUGCUGUUUUAAGUGCCAUCCUGACAAAUAGGAGGGUCACAAGUUGCCUGUGUUGCACAAAAUGUGAUAAAUAGGAGCACAGUAGCCACAAGCAUGCAGAGGCUGCGUCAGCACCACACAAUCUAAUAUUUAUAACCUACUAAGUGCGGGAAAAAUACACCAAUUUAUCUAUUCAGUAUAACCUAUCAAAGAUCAUCCCGCUUUUCUGUCACCGUAAUGUCCGCAUAUUAAUUUUGACCUCUGUUUGCAUGUUACGCCAUGCUUGUGCACACAGCAAAUCAAAUUCUUUUACUCAGCUAACACAAAGACUAACGGGGCAGUGGGUUCCUUUGCAUUUCAGUGAUAAUGAGUUCAAAUUAAACUUUGUACUUUGUCUCCUCAA